CGGGGUCCCAGGGGGUCCCGGCCCCUUCGUGCUCCCCCGGCUCACCCUGAGCCCGCUCUGCACCCACCUGAGCCCGCUGUUCCCGUUCCCUGCAGGGCCAUGCCCCAGCGCCGUGAGCGGCCCCGCGCUGGUGCCCCAGGAGCUGCAGCCCGGCCCGGCCAUGGACAGCUCAGAGCUGGAGUCGGACAUCCUGCGGCGGGUGCGGGCGCUGCUGCGGGAGCUGGACGGGCACCACCCGUCCUGCCAGAGCGACCGAGGAAUGCUGCGCUGGACCCUGCACAAGAGAAUGGACCAGAACCCCAGAACCAGCUGUGUCCUGGUCAGCAUCCUGGUGAAGGAGCUGGAGAGGGCAGAGCGAGGGGACCUGCGGCACUACAUCAUCCCCCUGCUGCACACGCUGAUGUACACCUUGAUCCAGGCUCCCUGCAUCCCUGACGAGCUCUGUGCCAGGGUUUAUGACUUCUGCAAGAGGCUGCUGACCCUGCCCAAGCCCUUCUGCACCAUCGGGCUGGACUAUGCCAGCAGGCUGCAGCUGGAGAGGGCAGCCCCAGGGACCCUGUACCAAAGGAUGGUCAUCUCCGAGCAGAGCCUGCACAGCGCCGCCUUCCCCUGCCAGGAGAGGAUUUUCAUCUUUGCUGACCCUGAGCUGCUGCCCGAAGCCAUCUGCAGGGCUCUGGCCGUGGACACCGAGGCUGCCCAGGUGUCGCAGAGCCCGCGGGGCUGCAUGAGCUGCGUGGUCACCCACGCCCUGCAGGCGGCCCUGGGGGACACCUGCGACACCCCCGGCCUCCGGGCCCGCCUCCAGGCCCUGCCCCCGGGGGACCUGGAGCACUGGUUCCAGCAGGUGGUGGCGGCCGUGGAGGGCAGCGAGGGGGGCUCAGAGCGGGGCCAGCACACGGCGCGGCUGGAGAGGAUCUACCACGGCCUUAUGGGCUCCUCUCCUGCAGGGAAUGAUCCCCAGGAAGGGCUGCAGGGCACUCCUCUGCCCAGCCCCAACAUCAGCUUCCACCUGUGGACAGAGGAUGAGCAGCUCUGGAAGGAGCUGGUGCUGUUCCUGCGGCCGCUGUCGCAGAGCUGCGAGCCCGAGUGCCCGGGGCAGGAGCCGGAGCCCCUGGAGAUGCCGGACCCGCUGCCGGGCUGCGGCUGCUGCGGCCAGAGCCGCUUCUCGGUGCUGUCCACGGACAGCGGCAUCGAGCGGGACCUGCCCGCGCCGGAGGAGCCGUGCGAGCGCUCCCGGCUGCACAGGAAGGGCGGCAUCAAGAAGAAGCCGUCCCCGCUGGACAGCGUGGCCCUGCUGCAGGCCGGCGGCGGGAAGGCCCCCGGGAAGCCCCCCGGGAGGGCGGGGGUGCCCCCCGAGCCCGCGGCCCCGCUGCAGAGGCUGCACACCGCCCGCGUGGUGCUGCUGGGCGACGAUCGCGUCCUGGGCCGCCUGGCACAAGCCUUCCUCUCGCUCAGGAAGCGAGAAGCCCGCAGAGUGUUCCUGACGCCCCGGCUGGACCUGCAGUUCUACCACAUCCCCGUGGUGCCGGGGCAGCCCCAGCCCUCGGCGGCUGUGAGUGCCGGGGGAGAGCAGGGAUCGGGAAUUCCUGAACACACUGACCCUGAGGAGCUGUGUGAGGUGGCCGGGUACCUGGGCAGGGCUGACCCCUGGUACGAGAGCAACAUCAACACCCUGGGCCACAUGAUCCCCAAGCUGGCCACCAUGCCCAGCAGGGCCCUGGUGACCGACCCGUUCCUCACCGACGUCAUCGCCUACUACGCCCGCAUGGGCACGCAGCCCGUCUGCUUCCAGGUGCACUCUGUCAAGGUGCUGUUCCAGGACCCAGCCCAGGAGCCAGCUGAGGACGUGUUCCUGACGGAGCUGCUGACCCAGGUGCAGGACAGCCCCUCCCACAGAGAGCUGAGCACGACCAAGAGGAAAAGCACCCUGGAUGGGCCUGGCAUGGACCUCACAGUGACCUGCAGGAGGGUCGUGCUCAGUGGGCGGCAGAAGGAGCUGGCGCUGUCCCUGCGCUCCACGGGCCUGCUGAUGAAAGCCAUCCCUGCAGAGGAGGCUGCAGGCCAGGGCUGCCUCACUGUGACCAUCACUGAAAUCAUCAGGACCAGCAACUUGGCAGGACGCUCGUUCUCAGCUGUGGCACACAGGUUCAGAACUCGCAGCAUCAAGGUCAGGAGCCCAGAGCAGAGACCCUUCACUGUGCGGCUGGACAAGGACAGCAGGAGAACCUACAGGGACGUGAUCGGCCUGGAGGUGUCUCCCUGCCUCGAGCCCAGCUACUGCCUGCAGAAGACGAGGACCACGAAAUGCAGCCCUGAGGAAACAGAGGACGUGGGGCUGGUGAAAUACCUGCCCAAGUCUCUGCUGCUGCCCAUCAACACUUUCGCAGGAGUCAUCCCCUGAAGGGGACAGGAAGAGGUGCUGUGGGUUACGAUGUGGGGCCAGCACAGAGCACACGGGGAGAGAAAACUCUGAAAGCCACCAGUGGGGACUCUACAUGGCAAUGGUGGGGAGAGCAGAGGUGGAUGGGCUCAGAGGGCACAGCCCUGCCCUGUGACAUAUGUGACAAUUGCUGACAACCCCUGCCAAGGGCACAGCCCUGCUGGUGACAGUGUGACAGUGUGACAAUGGCCCCAUGCCCCUGCCAAGAGCACAGCCCUGCCCUGUGACAGUGUGGCACUGGCCCCAUGCCUCUGCCAAAGGAACAACCUUGCCCUGUGACAUGUGUGACCAUGCCAAGGGCACAGCCAUGCCACAGGACUGAGCUUUUCACCUUUUGCAUAGGUCAGGGAAAAGCUUUGAGCUCUCCAUUCAGGAAGAACAAGGCAGAUCCGUGGGAGGUGGUGUUGCCUGUCCUGGGGAGCCCAGGGCAGCUGGCAGCAGCAAUGUUCCCUUUGGAGAUGUCUCACAGCCCAGCAGGGCUCAGGUUUUCACCUCACAAGCUCUGUGCCAGACUGGGGCAUCAAACAUUGUGCCUCGAUGGAAGCUGAGGAGCAGCAGGAGCUCUCGGGCACCUCAGGAAACCUCUGCACGAGCAGCUGCUGUUUUUGGGAUCGUGUGAGCUUUAAGGGGUGACCCCUCUGCACCCCUCUGCCUCCUCAGGGCUUCCCUGUGGGGUUUGCACACACAGAGAAAAGGCUCAGAAAGCCAAAAGGCUUGGAGCUAGGCUGGGGUGUGGGCUGG